UUUGUUGUAGGAGAAGCAAGGAAAAGUGUUUUUGGAGACAAUUCAUCGUGGAAGGAUGGACAAAUCUCUGACAAGGUUACUAUUGGUGAAGACACAGAAGUUAGACUGAUUCGCAAGGGAGUAGCAAGGCUAGUGGUCGAAGGUGAAGUAAUAACUGUUUAUCACACCCUGGAGAAUUCCCGAGUCUAUCACGAGAAAGAUUUAGACAGUGUGGAGUUCGGGUUAGAGGCUGGACCGGUAGUGGAGAGUAUCUUGAGAAGUUUUCCGGAUUAUAUUAAAGUGAAAGACCUACCUCACGAUGACAUCACUUACAAAAUUGACCUGGUCACGUUGCUUUACGAGAAGGGCAUCCUCGUCAGAAAGUGAAAAAUAUUCAGUAGAGACUGUGGUCCCCUUUGUGAUUUCAUUCCGUUUGGCGAACAUGGCUGCGCGCAAAGACUUGAACGCGGAGUGAUCUUUGCCAGACAACAUCAUGACUGACGAAAGACUGGGAAGAGAGGGAUAAAGAAGACCUCACUCCGCCAACCUGUCCCUCACCAAGACAACAAUGUGAAUCUCUUUUUCACUGUAGCCUCCCUUCGAGAUCUAAGAUACCCAUCACGCAUGGUUGUUAACUCAAGAGAAUUAAACAGCAGUAAAUUCCUUUCUUUUGCACCCAAAAGUUUGCCUGUGCUAAAAGUUUAUGUUUGGUGCAACCAUUUUUGAGUUUCGGUGAUAGAACCAUGUUUUGCAUAGCGCAUCUUGUACAAUUAAGCCUAGUUUUUUUUUUUGUUUUUUACAUAUAUCUUGACCUAGUAAAUAUGUCUUGGUCCACACAGAUUAUCGUGCUGUAAAAGUACUAUAUUUGAAAUUUUUGUUAAGAAUAAAACUGAAAUAUUGAACUUAGUUUUCACUUGCGAUAAGCGAUAUUUUCUAGUCACGCGUUCCGCGUAGUUCUGGCCCUCUCUCUGUCACGCAACGCUACACUGUACUUUGUGCAACAGAGAGGCGGCCGUACAACUCGGGGCAUGCGCAGAUCUACUGUAGUGUAAAAAGUGCGCAAAGCUGAAAAAAAAGGGAGUAUCUGAGAUGAUAGAUAAUUAUGCAAAAAUAUCAUGUUUGCAAGUAAGUGCUGUUACUUCAAAUAGAGACAAACAGUGUGGAGAGAAUUGUAAUAUACAUUAGGGUAGUUAUUUGUAAACAGUAAUAAAAGGCAAUUGAUUU